AUGCGGAUAUGGUGUACCGGCGAUUCUGUAUGUGUCUCGCGCAGCGCUGGUGACUUCGACCAGAACAGGCGUCUUAGAAGGAAGUUGCAUCGUCAACUGCAACAAGACCGCGAUAACGAGUGGACGUCAAGAGCAAUGGAGUUUGAAAAGGCGACUUUGCUGAACCGGCAAGCACCGUCAGCUCCUGAACUCGAGCACGUUCAUAGGCCGACAUAUGCGGUUAACGAGGAGCUACCGACCGAGCCGGAGGUCCUGACACGCUAUCAUAAUCCCCCUUCACAAGAAGUUAUCCGUCACGGACCACAGGAAUUAUCGAGGAAUCUCUUUGCUGCGUGUUAUGCACAAGGUAUUGGAGCGCAUUAUCGAGCGGACCAACUCAUUAAACAUCGCGAAGAAACAACGCGCGACGAGCAAGCUGGCUUUCAUCCUGGUCGAUCUACGAUUGACCAGGUGUUUAUCGUCAGGAGAGUGAUCGAAAUCUGGCAGCAGUAUUCGAAGCCAAUGCAACUAGCGUUUCUUGACUUUGAAGCCGCGUUCGACUCUCCUCACUGA